UCCAAAAAGGCUUUGUACAACUGUGCAAAAAACCAACCUUUGCAUCCACCAAAAAUUGUUUCAUGCUGUCUUCAGUUGGGGACCUCAGUGGAAACCAUGUAAUUGUUACCAUCUAGUUUUGUGUUUCCUCCUCACCUUCACAGAAGCACAGAGAAAAAAAUUUUUAAAAACUGUGGCAGUCAGACCUUCAAUGGAGAAAUGAGCAUUGGCCCUUCCCCCAUUGCUACAAAGGGAACCAGCAGGUUUGAGACAUCCUCAAUACUCACCAAAGGCCAGAUUUUCAGGAGAGCUCAGGUGUCUCACUCAAGCAUUGUGAAGCGUGUGCAUUGACUAAUCAGGUGAAAGAAAGAAAAAAAAAGAAAAAAAAGAGGCCCUAACUACUUCUAUUCUGUACCAUUUUCUUUAGGAUGGCCUUGAAGUCAAAACCUCAGGAAACCCUUUUCAACUCCUAGGCUGAUACACCUCUGUGCCAAGAGCUCUAGCUCUCCAAGACCCCUCACUUGUACCUUUUGUUCUCUGCCUCACCAUUCCCUCCUCAUUGUAUUCCCAUGCACGUGAAGAAUUCAUUAGCCCUUUGCCUUCCAUCACAGCACUUAAAUGAGUGAAUCUUCCAAAGGAUUCAACACCUCAGAACUUCCAUGGGGGAAAAUCAGCGAUUUAAGUUUUCAGUUCCCUUGAGGUUGUGGCCUUCAGCACUUCUGGGUAAGACUUUUAAAGCAAACAAAAAAGGAAAAAAGAGAGAGAUGUUUCUUACUUCCCCCUUCCUUUGUUGCUUGCAGCCCAUGGGAUCAGAGAGGACGGAGAUACGCAAACGGCAGAUGGCUACGACCCCAGAGACCCCAGGUGCUGCACAGGCUCAGCUCAGCACAGGAAAUCGAGGGUCCAAUGCCUGCUGCUUUUGUUGGUGCUGUUGCUGCAGCUGCUCAUGUCUUACUGUUAGAAAUCAAGAAGAAGAGAGAGCAAGGAGAACAUCUCAUGAACUCCAAGCAGAGGGUAUUCCAAACUGUGAGGAAAGCCCUGCUCCCACUCUCGAAGAAGUAAAUGCCUGGGCUCAAUCAUUUGACAAGUUGAUGCUUACUCCAGCUGGCAGAAAUGCUUUUCGUGAAUUUCUGCGAACAGAAUUCAGUGAGGAAAACAUGCUUUUCUGGAUGGCCUGUGAGGAACUCAAACAAGAAUCCAACAAAAGUGUCAUUGAAGAAAAAGCAAGACUAAUUUAUGAAGAUUAUAUUUCUAUCCUUUCUCCAAAGGAGGUCAGUCUGGACUCCAGAGUAAGAGAAGUUAUUAACCGAAAUAUGCUGGAACCCUCACAACACACCUUUGAUGAUGCACAGCUUCAAAUUUAUACCUUAAUGCACAGAGACUCUUACCCACGGUUUAUGAACUCUGCUAUUUAUAAGGACUUGCUUCAGUCCUUGUCUGAAAAACCCAUUGAAGCAUAGAAUUUUUUCUUAAAUGUAUUUAUUUUAAAACAGAUGGUACUCUGCGCUACAGAAAUCCACAGGGAAUUUAGAAUUAAUCAGAUAUUUACCUGAAAAUAACUCAGGCAAGUUUUACUACAGACUGAAUAAUUUAA